AUGACCACUCUUCGGAUACUACUGCACGUAGCUGCUCACCGUGACUACGAGCUACACUCUCUUGACUUCAGCACUGCUUUCCUACCGGGCAGCCUGCACGAGGAGAUCUGGCUGCGCCGCCCACCUGGCUUCACUGGGACUUUUCCUCCUGGCACCCAGUGGAGCCUCCGGCGGCCAGUCUACGGUCUUCGCCAGGCACCGUGUGAGUGGCACGACACACUGAGGCCUACACUUGCGGCUCUUGGGUUUGCUCCCUCUACUGCCGACCCGUCGUUGUUUCUGCGCACUGACACUUCUCUGCCGCCGUUCUACAUCCCCGUGUACGUCGACGACUUGGUCUUUGCCACAGCUGACAUUGCUGGACUCACCCAUAUGAAGUCCGAGCUGCAGAAGAGACACACGUGCACUGACCUGGAGCACAUGGCUGCAGCGAAGAGGGUGUUGCGCUACUUGUGCAGUACGUCGGGCAUGGGGCUUGUGCUUGGAGGGCAGAGUCCAGUGAUCCUAGCUGGGCACGCAGACGCUUCUUGGGCUGACGACCAGGCUACGCAGCGGUCGUCACAGGGUUACACCUUCAGCCUUAGUUCCGGCUCUGUUUCGUGGCGGGCUACUCGCUCGUCUUUUGUUCUCGGCUCCAGUUGUGAGGCUGAGAUCUACGCAGGAGCCAUGGCUGCUCAGGAGCUUCGCUGGCUCACCUACUUGCUGACUAACCUCGGAGAGCCGCCUCGUUCUCCUCCAGAGCUGUACGUAGACAACAAGGCCAUGCUGGCCUUGUGUCGGGAGCAGCGACUGGAGCACAGAACGAAGCACAUUCCUCUUAAGAUACUUCCUUGCUCGUGA